AUGGCUAUGGUGUGGGAACAACUGGUGGAGAAGCUUGGGAUGCAGGCCCAUCCCGAGGGCGGGUUCUUUGUGGAGACGUACCGGGCCGACGAGGAGGUGGCCGGCGGGGCGCUGCCGGCGCGGUUCUCUGCGACGCCGCGGGCGUUCAGCACCGCCAUCCUCUUCCUCAUUCCGGCUGGCCAUGUCUCGGCGCUGCAUCGGAUUGCGCAGGACGAGGUGUGGCACUUUUAUGCUGGUUCGCCACUUGUGGUCGAGGUUCUCACCGACGGCGAAGACGGGCCGUCGUCGUCUGCCCUUCUCCUCGGGUCCGACCUCUUCGCCGGCCAGGCUGUCCAGGGCGUGGUCAAGGCCGGGGCCUGGUUUGGUGCGCAUCUGGCCGAUGAGGAUGCCGGGCCUGAAGCGUACGCGCUGGUCGGCUGCACGGUUGCGCCGGGCUUUGACUUUGCCGACUUUGAGCUGGCCAAGGCUGACGAGAUGGUGGCCAAAUUUGCCAGCGUGCCUGGCCUUGACGAGGCGCUUCUGCGGCGUAUGUGCGCGGCUUAA